AUGCCUUUCGCUAUCGCUUCGAAAGGCGGAAGAGAGGAGGGAACGAGCGAGGACAAUUCGAAGCAGCCCCGGCCGUUAUCGGGAGACAUUCCCUCCUUCUCUAUUCCAAAUCCCCUUCCUUUCCGCUCGCUUACUUUUCCCAACGUCCCUGAAUCGAAUUCCGGCGUGGCUUCCGGUGCUGCGUCUCCUGGUGACGCGGACCCUUAUCUUAGCUCGCCGGCAGCCAUGGAUGAAGCCUCUACGUGGUCCAGCCUUGCUGCUAGCACUCUCAGCGAGCUUGACGGUGUCGUCGCGAAAAUUUCAACGCGAGGAGAAAUUGCGAACACAGGAGAUCGAGGGUUGGGAAUGGGUGAAGGGAGAGGAGGCUUGGCAGAUCGAGGAGGAAGAGGACAAGAGUCCGGUGGUAGGGAAGCAGGAGGGUUGGGGUUGGGGGAUAAGAAGGCGUUAGUGCGUGGUUCAGACGGGGACGGAACGAGGCCAACAGAUCGAUUAGCAGGACAAGAGGCAGUGAGAGGUCUAGAGCAGACGGCUGGGGUGAAAUGGCUGGCUAGGGCAAAGCAACAGGCGCUUCAGCCUAACAAGAGGUCCUGUGAGGAGCAAGGAGAUGGACAGGGCGCGGAUUGUGGGGAAGGUGAGAGGAGUGGGAAAGGAGGCGAUGAUGACGAUGAUGAGCGUGUCGAUCCGACCUUGGAGAGAGGGCGAGGAGACGGGGACCGUGAUGUGUUGCCUGUUUUGGCAGCAGAUGUGGAGAGAUUCAUUGUGGCGUUGGAAGAGCUGAAGAGAGAGGCAGUGUCGCUUGGCAUUCCGGGGUAUGCUCUUCCGCGUGUCGAGAAAGAGGAGGAUCUGGGAGCCAUGGUUAAGAAGCUUUUGGAAGCUCGCAAUGAGGUGCUGGGGAUUAUUGCGUCGAGGUUAAUGGCUAACGGGGAAUCCCCAGUUCCUCUUUCCCUCAUGAAUCGCCACCGCGGUCCCGCGAAUCGCGCCGCCGCCGCCAACGCCGGUUGGCUUUCCCGCGCCGUAAGCGCCGUGUUCUCGGUGGUUGCCGUGGCGGAGUUCGAGAUUCUGUUCGUCGCGUUUCUUGUCCUCGUCUACCUUUUAGUUCGCGACUUGCUGCAGCAGCCGCGGUUCAGCGGGAUAUUCGCGCACAAGUCCAGCCAGGCGGAGUUCGGGCCUUGCUCACGGCACGGGCUGAUUGGCGCGGACGGGACGGACGCCAUGUUUCGCAACACAUUCCAGUCGGGCUUCCUCUCAAUCCUCUACAGCCUAGGCACCAAACCCCUUCAGUUGUGGGCAAAAGAAGAGGGCGAGGGCACAGUGAAGCGAGUGACAGACGCGGAUAUCCAGUCAGCCGCCAUAGAGCUCCUGUCGCCCAACAUCCGCACCACGUUCAUCGCCUGCCCGCCCGACCCCUCGGCUGCUCUCGGCAUCAAGCUGCCGUUCCUGGUGCUGGUGCUGAAGCCCCUCGACCGCUACUUCUCGUUCGAGGUCACGGUGAUGGACGAUAAAAACGUGAAACGGCGGUUCCGCGCUUCUAAUUACCAGUCCACGACGCGGGUGCGCCCAUUCAUCUGCACGAUGCCGCUGCGGCUGGAAGCAGGCUGGAACUCGCUGCUCUUCAACCUGGCUGACUUCACGCGGCGGGCGUACGGCACGGGGUACGUGGAGACGCAGCGCGUGCACGUGCACGCCAGCUGCCGCCUGCGCCGCAUCUACUUCUGCGACCGCGUCUACUCCGACGACGAGCUCCCGCCCGAGUUCAAGCUCUUUGUGCCCUCCAAGGUCAAGUAA